AUGGCAGUUAUAAUGUCUUUAAAAAAUGAUAAAAAGAAAAAGCAAAGAGGACGAAAGGAAAAUUUAUAUUCUGAAGAUUCAGAAGAUGAGAACAUUGAUUUGCAAAAAAAGAAAAGGAAGGAAAUUCCAAAAGUAGAUAAUUUUUCUGAAAUUUUACAACAAGAAGGACGUAUAAUUCAGGAAUUAAGAAAACAAUAUAAAUGUGACCAACAUGAUGCAUGCUUUGUUGAUAAUGGAAGACAUAUAAAGCUUACUGCAAUGCAUCUCCAAUGCUGGACUAAGGAAAUUAUUCGAGGAACUACAGAUAAUACACAAAUGCCUAAUUUACCUAUUUUUUCACAAUCUAAUAGCGUUAAAACAUUUACAUCUACAACUCCAUCUACAACUUCAAUGCCUAUAGCUUCAAAUUCAAAUUUUAAUACACCAUUUUUUUUUGCUAUUUCACCUCAAAUGUUUUCUUUUAUGCAAAAUCCAACUACAAAUAAUUCACCAAAUUCACCAUCAAAUGUAUUAUCUUAUCCAAGACAAUCAGUUCCAUCUCUUGAUGAAUUUUUUAUUAAAUUAGACGAAUCAUUAGAUGGUAAUGAAGAGUUUACUACGAAAUUUAAAGAUAUUUUUAAAGAAGAAUGA